GAGCAUUUUACAGCGCCACCUCAACGUAUAAAAGUGAGUAGUUGCACUGACAUAGCUAGACUUUCAGCAUCUCCCUUCGUGUCAAUAACAAGUGUCUCAAAAAACACACACACAAAAAGGAAACUAACAAGAUGAAAGCUCUAUUGACGAUGUUGGGGGUCUGUUUAUGUACUGCUGCAUUUCUAUUGGUCAGCGAAGCAUUACCUACUGAUCAUCGUAUCCAAGUACGAAGAACGAGAUUGUGUGGAAGACACCUGGUUGAAGCUUUAGCACUAGUUUGUGAUAGCGAAUACUACGAACCUCAACCCCUCAGAAAGCGCAAGAAUAUGAUCAAAAUGCCAUGGAAAUCUUUGAUGGAAGUACCGGAAGGUGUUGGAUUUUUAGAUCGGAAGCGCGCUCUAUCAUUUUAUAGAAACGAUGAUUUUUUUGAAAGACGAACACGAGGUAUUGCUGACGAAUGCUGUAAGAAGAGUUGCACUAUUAGAGAACUCGCUUCUUAUUGUAAACAUUCGAUUUUUUACGACGACGACACGAACGAAAAGAAAUAAUGAAUUAAUAUAAAAAAAGAAGAAGAAGAAAACUUUAUAUCAGGGACCGUUUUAUUUUUCUUUUAUUAUAUUUUUGUUGUCUACAUUUUACUUUUCACUCUUAUGCACGCGUUCAUCACUGUACUUCUGUAUUCAGUGGCCAAUUUCGAUCAAUAAACUAUUAUACGUGUUCAGUAAAAA